AUGGAGAAUGGAAAAACAGAAACAGAAGACAUGACAGACGGCGUGUCAGAAGAUAAAGAAGAAAGCGUGGAGGAGGCUAACAUAGAGAUCGCUCAGCUGCAGGGCCUGGUGGCCGAGCUGCGCGAGGGGUUCCAUGCCACUCUGACGGAGCUGUGCGAGCUGCGUCAGAGGGACCACGGCCUGGAGGAGAAGCUGCAGGCCCAUCAGACUGAUGUGGACGAUAAGAUAAUGGGCCUCAAGAACUCCCUCAACACUUUUAAGGAGGAGCUGAACAUGGCAUUGUUCCACAUAAAGGAUGUGUCUAACAGACAGAGGGAGGUGCAGAAGACCAUAGAAAUGUUGCAGUCAGAAAACACCAAAGACAUCCUCUCUGCUUCACACAGAAAGGGCUCCAAGGCAGAUUUGCUCUCAGGGGACGAACACAUCUGUGUGCCGAGCCAAUCAGACCUCAGUGUUAUUCAGCAGUUCUUCUCCAGUCUGCCACACAGCAGCUCCACACACAGGAGCUCCACAUCCACACACACCUCUGCCUCAGAGCAGGAGGCUCAGCAGCAGAGAGGUUGUCCGUCCAAAUCUCCAGCGUGGGGAGAGAGGAAGAACAGCAGAGAGGAGCCUGAGAGACCCAACAGCCAGACUGAAAACAAUAAGAGACAGAGAGUGGCUCUGGAGCUGCUGGAGUCAGAGAGAGUGUAUGUGUCCCACCUGUCUCUGUUGUUGAAGGCCAACAUCUCCUUCAAUGGAUCAGAAGCUCCCACCUCCAAAGACAAACGUCCGUUUCCCAGCACGUUGAGGUUUCUGAUCCAGCAGCACCUUGAGCUUCUUCAUACUCUGCAGGAACGCGUGCUGAAGUGCCAGUGGCAAGGCAUCAUGGGGGAUGUGUUCAUGAGGCUCACCAGCAAAGAGAGUGAUUUCCUGGACUUCUACGUGUCCUACCUGAAGGAGCUCCCAGACUGCGUGACGGUCGUCAACAUGCUCGCCUCCAGCUCCAUGAAAACCUCUGCCUUCCUGGAGAGUGAAAUAAUGGGGGAUGAAUCCAGGCCCUCGCUGCACACUCUGCUCCUCCAGCCGGUUCAGAGGAUCCCCGAGUAUCUGCUGCUGCUGCAGGGGUUGUUGAGGCAGACCACAGCAGAGCACCCAGACUACUACCUGCUGCUGGUGUGCAUCCAGCAGUUCAGGUCCUUCACGACCCAGUACCACCACCUGCUGCAGCACAACCAGGAGCUGCUGCUGCACAACCGCAAGGAGGUCAAGAGGUCUACCAUGAAACAGCUGUUAAAGACAGUGGAAAGUGGGAUUCAAGCUAACAACAUUGGCUCACCGUACCCUUGCAACAGUGCCAUGUUAGAACACGCCAACCAGGUGAAGCGGAGCAAGCAGCGUCUCCUGGAUCAGAUCCAGUCUCAUCGUUUCCAGGAAUGGGAGCCGGAUCGUGAAACUCAUUGUUACGACACAGAGUGGCCCUCACAGCUCACAUACUUCAACCCCGAGCUGGACUCACAGAACCACAAACCAACAGGUCUUGGCAGUAUCCCUGAGAGUGAGGGGAGGUCCUGUCAGGACCGCCUCCCCUCCAGACCUGCAGACCUCCAUCAGGCUGUACCUGGCUCUGCUCUGGCCGACGCCCUCGGGGAGUUCCUCCUGCCUCCAGACCCCCCGGGGAUGGAGAGACUCUACGAGGAGGACAGACUUCACGAUGUCUCCAUGUUCGACCGCUGCUCCUCCGGCUCUUCGGAUUCCUCCAUCGACAUCGCCUUCGUGAAGUGCCCCAAAGGCCCCUCAGCUUCACAUCACGCAAUGGCGGCAAACGUGUCCACCACUAGGGAUGUCUUUGGAAACGGGGGGAGCCAUGGGAACGGUUAUAAGCUUCUGAACCGAGGAUGCGUUUCUCCAGAUGAAGCUGUGAUGAUGCGUCGCAAUAUGCACCGCCCCCUGCAGGCCAGCCAGCGGAAGAGCAAGUCGCUGAACGGCCUGCAGAUGGACUCCACAGUGGGGGGUCUGGACGGAGCCCCUCUCUCAGACCACAUCCAGAGGCUGGGGCUGGGCAGCCACGCUAAGCUGGAGCGUCAGGGCAGUAAAGGCAACAGAGGAGGUCCCACCCCGUCCCGUAAGGUCCACAUUCCCCCGGUGACCAGAGCGGACCCCGAGAAACAGAGCGAGGACCUUCAUGGGCUGCUCAGCAUGGACUCCGGUUUCCAAUCAUGGGGGGACGAGUCAAAGUGGAGAGGGGGGGCAGAGGAGAACCAUCACACCCCCUUCAGUGAGAGGAGCAGGAAGCAGGAGAAAGGAGGCUUCAGGAGCUCCUUCAAGAAGCUCUUCAAGAAGAAGAGCAGUGAUGAGAAGAAGGAUAAGAGCGGGGAGAAAGCACAAGAAAACCAGAACGGUGAACAUGAAGCUCCGGGGAAAAACCCCAAGCUGGUGCAUCUGGAGAUAAACCGAGGCACAGCUGUAUGA